AACGUCGGUUGAAUGAGUAAAUCAAGUCCCAUUAUUUUUCUAUCCUAUUCCGUACUAUUUCCAAAAUAUCCCCAGCACCACAGAAAACAAGCUUUGAUACUGUACCACUUUCACGUAUACGUUGUGGAUACGAUUUAAACGCACUUACACUUUAAGAUUGAACUGUAAAAGCUGUAAAUUCAGAAACCAUUUAUUGCCAACAGAAAAGAUAAGACAGGUAAUUUAAUCCUACGAGACACUAAAUCAGAGCUGCUAUGCUGCUGCCAGGAACCAAAACGAAGCGGUACUUCCUUUUCUUGCUAUAAAUGUGACCCGCUAUAAUCUAAUUUGGUUGGCCAUAACCUAAAUCUGAAGUUGGCAAUUGCUGUUCUGCUUCUAUAAAGUGUAGGUGUUCUUACCCUUUUAUCAAUUGAGUUCAUAUCGUGCCCGAUAGGUUGCAGCGGGUAGUUUUCAAGAGGAACCAGAUUUUGAUUCGCAGACCGGCUCUCCUGUAAAUGAGCAUGAAGACAUGCCUGAUGAGUCAUCAUUUCACUACAACGCGACUACUACGCGAGUGAGGCCGCGUGCAUUUGUUCACGGAGUGUCAGCUAUAUUUGAGCCGCCUUCACUUCGACCCCCCACCAUGAACGGACGACAACCCCCCAGAAAUUUGAAUUUGUCGAGGGGAAUCGCGAAUAGUAACUCGGAUACCUUCACACCUGGAACAGUUCCUUUCAACUCAACCUUGAAGUCCAGAUUCAACACUGGCUGGCCGAAUCCGAGAACGGCAUCCACUUAUCCCACUCAUCCAGAAGAAAACACUAUGGAACUGUUGAAGCAGCUGAAUGUGAAUUUGGAACAGACCAAUCGGGCUAUUCUAGAAAUGAAAGAGAGUUUUGUGGAACAGUCGAGAAAAGCUGCAUAUUUGGGCGACCAGAAUCAUCAAGAGUUGAUGAGAAAGAAUGAAAAGGUGGCGGUGUCUCUACGUGUGCAGUUCCUCUCGAUUUAUGAUGUCAACUGCUCACGCGGGGAGUUCUCUGCUGAAAUUCUACUGCAAGCCAAGUGGCACGAUCCAUCCCUUGACGAACUCUCCGAAGAUGAGACAGAGUUCGUCGACUGGGACACUUUAUGGAUGCCUCAAAUCAUAAUCAAAAACGAGUGCCACUCAACCGGUGACUACUUCCAUAACCACCAUUAUAACAACAACACCUCAACCGCCAACAACCAUCCUCUGUGCCAAUCUGGGAGUAGAGACUCCCAGACAGUGAGGGCCAUAACGACAGGGAAGAAUGGCCUGAAUAUGGUGUCCAUGAGACAGAAAAUUAAGUCCUCUUUCUACUUCGAGCCCAAAAUGGGACUGUACCCCUUUGAUUGCCAGUUUAUGAGCUACUGA